AUGGCAGUUCCUGGACCCAGUGUCGAUACCCAUGUCGAUCCCGUCACCAAGCCUUUACCGCCAUCUCCUUCUACUCUACCGAUAAGCGCCAUUCAUACCCCCUUCGACCCCAAUGGAGACCCGCUGCCGUUGCUUUCACCAUCAGUCGAGAUCCAACCACUCUAUCAUGUACUGGAUGAUGCUACGGUUACAGGAGAGGGCAGCCUCGACUCCAGUCCUAUUGUCGUCGUGGUUGAAGAGGGCGGGCCCCAUGGGUGGAACACUUUGGAUACGAUACACGACUUUCAAGAUGGCGUUGCACAUCAUCAUGCCCUGGAAAGUAGCAACUAUGUCUACCGGAAACCAACAUCAGCACCAUGCGAGCUUCCAGCCAGUAAACCUUCGAAACCGAACAGGCCGUUUCAAAAGUGGAUCAAGACUCUGCACAAACGAGCAGUUCGCCGUCAGGAAGCCAUGGGUAACGAGCAUGCUUCCACGUCUCACUACUUCAAUCUCGACGGUGCGGGCUCGACAGCAUGGGGACCCGGCCACCAUCGACAAUCAUCUUCAACUUCCUCUUUCGGUUUCGUGACGGCCGUCAAAAGCGCCAGUAUAUCUCUGACUAGUGCCAGCACUAUUCUGACGCGCUCCCGGAGAAACACUGUUCGGUCAUCCCGUGGCCACUCGAGGACAGAACGCAGCAGCAGAGCUUCUCUCUCCGGUGCACGGCUUUCCGAGGACAGCUAUUGUCCGGAGCGACAGCUGAUGGUGGAUCCUGCGGCUAUAGGGAGGUCAUUGCAGAGACGCCGGGUUUUGGAGGAACUAAUCAACACGGAAGAGAGUUACAUUGGAGAUGUGCGCUUCCUGAUGAAUGUUUACGUUACUAUUCUUGCUUCCCUCCCUACUUUGCCAGCCAGCCUUCGCUCUUCCAUAAACCGAAACCUGAAUGACAUCGUUGAGUUGCACGAGGAGAUGCUAGGCGACCUCCACAGAGCUAUCCCUCACUCCGAGUAUACACAACUCAACUUUCCUCCACAAGUUCCUUCAGCCGGCUCAGGGUUUCGUGGUCAUCAGCGAUGGAGGAGUCUGGAUGCAGUACCAGAAGAUAAAGAUGGUAUCUCAUGGCUUCGGGAAGUGCCCGGCAUGCUUGCUGAUCCCCAAGUUGCUGCCGAAGUUUCCAAGAUAUUCACCAAGAAGAUGAACCGAUUCUUCAUCUACGAAGAGUACGGUGCCAAGUACGAGCUGAUGAUCAAAGACGUUGCUUCUGUUCACAGGACAAUGCCUGCAUGGCAAUCGUACCAAAAGGGCAUCGAAAUUCUGGCUUCCUCUCUGGGCUCGGCUAAUAGCUACGAGGACAAAGAGAGAAAGAGCUUGACUAUUGGGGAUCUGCUUAUGAAGCCGAUCCAACGUGUAUGCAAGUACCCAUUGCUCUUCGCCGAGUUGCUAAAACACACCCCAGAGGCAGACUGCCCAUACUCUCAUAUGGAGAUCGAGAACACACUUAUCCGGUUGCGAGAGGCCACCGCAGAAAUCAACAAAGCUACGGAUGAUUUCAAAAUCAAGUCGACCCUAGAGAAGACAUGGAUUCUCCAAGACCGCCUGGUGUUCCCUAAUCAGCAACUGGAUGCAGCUUCAAAGAAUCGCAUUCGAUCAUUCGUCCUUGCCCCAUCCCGUGAAGAGCGGGCUCGACUCGAGGCUCUGCUGUCAGAUGUCUGGACCCGAGACAUCCUGCCCUUCCCCGGGAUAACUGCCCGAUCCCGAAGCGAGCAGCUAGUCCGAGCCUCAGCGUCAUCCAUGAUGCGAAAACUCAGUGUGGUGAGCAUUACGAGCAGCUUCACCAAACGCUCUGCUAGUUUGACCAGUCUCCCACGCAAAGGAGGGAGCGGCAGUAACGGCACGGAGGAUGAGACUCUUGUCGGCUCAACUCCCUCCAAGGGCACAAGUACGAAAGCUCUGAGCAGAGUCUGCUACAACUCGCAGGAAACGAGCUGUUCUCUACUCUCCGUGAUACCCGAUAAGAUCGAGAGACGAAGUCCCAUGCUUCGCAGCGCUUCAGACUCGGUGAGCAAAGAGAUGCUUAGUGUGCUCAAGGGCACCGAGUAUCCAACAGUCGAAUCUCAGCAAGCAGUCGACCAGGGAGAUGUCAGUCAGGAGGGGAAAGGAAAAUGGUGGCUCGGUUGCUGA